CAACAACAAAAUAAAUAAUUGACAUGGUUCGAUUGAAACCGUCUGAUCUGAAUUCUUAAACAAACCUUUUUACGACACCAAGUCAGGACUGACAAUACUGGAGGCCAAUUACAGACAUGACAGGCCUACUUUCAUCAACAUUGUUUCGAUUUGCUGCUCUUACAGUGGCUGUCGGCUAUGGCUUGAGUUCGUGUUGGAGGCGUACAACCGAGAAGAGAAUGAGGGAUGAACUGGAUUUAUGGCUAAAAGAAAAACAACUCAACGUUUUUUCAUCUGCUCUGGCAUCAGCAGGUGUACAAAGUAUCUACGAGGCUGCUUUGUUUACACAUGGCCAACACAAGUGGACAAAUCACUUCUCGGAUGACCAACACCACAACCUCAAAGAGGCCCUGAAAGAGUUGACAGAAGAAAUGAGACUGGAACAUUGGUUGUCUGGAAAGGGCAUGGCUUCCUACUUCGAAAGAUUGAAAAAGGAAGACAUUAGAAGUUUGAUAGACCUGAGUAUGAUAUCAGAAGCAACCCUCCAGAAGAUCACACGAAGUGACACCACGUUACAAGAUUACAUCAGACUCAAGUCAUAUAUUGCUGGUCUUGUGACAGAGCUGUCUGAGGGGUAUGGUGUUGGGGCGUCGGACGAUGAACUCAAGUCAUACCUACACAGAAAAAUGACCUACAGUCUACGAGAUUAUGUGAGUAUGCUAAUCCUGACCUCGUCUGUAUCUCUAACCGUCAUGCUACUGGGAACAAAUCGCACGUGGUUUCAACAAAGGACUCUCACAUCACCAAAGGUCGCCAUCUUUGACUUCUUCACUGGACGCUACCCUGCCCCACAGUAUUGUACAGUCCACUGGGAAUGGAAGGAGCCUCAGGUUGUUGGGAAGACCGUUGCAUUCAAUAUACGGUUUUUCCAGAAGAAUGGCAAGCCCUAUCCUGUGUCAAAUGCAGAUGGCAUCUUGGUGGAAAUCAUGCAUGCAGGGGUCAAGGUCGCCACCUCGAUGGAUUAUGGCAGCGUGGAACCCACCAAUGCAAACCUUGCAAAAGUUUCAUUCACCGUCCACAAAUCGGGAGAGUACAAGAUAUCUGUUAUGAUUGGUGCUAAACAUAUCAAAGGCAGUCCAUUCACGAAAAUAUUUGAAGCAGGUCCUAUAGAUGCAAGUCAGACCGGCUUCAUGAACUACAGCUCCACCGUUGUCUGCACCGCCGGCUCCUCACAUCCACUCACCAUAGAAACCAAAGACUCUUUUGGGAACCUAGCAGCAUACAAGACUGACCAGAACAACUACUUCAAGAUUCGUGUCAGAGAGGCUGGGAGCCAUGUCAAAUAUGUUCCAGCAACCCAAAUAAUAUACGACCCCAACGAGAAGCGACUUACUAUGCAUAUUACAAUGGAGAAAGCUGGUUGUUACCAAGCAACUGUAUCAUAUGGAGAUGUCAAGUUAAAAAAUGGAGAAUUCAAUAUUUUAGUUUUAAAUUAUGAGGAGACAACACAUGUUCACAAAAACCUGGCAAAGAAGAGUCACAACAUGUGGUAUGAAGCUCGUCUCAUAUCCUGCAACCACGAAAAGCUAGACAAGCCUAAAAAGGUCUAUGUCUGUAUAUCACCAAAGCAAUUAACACUUAAGGAGUUUUAUUUGAAAAUCAUUGGCAAAAAGCUAUACGCCUUCAGGGUCUGCCCAUCAACUAAGUUCUACUUCAACGGUUUCAAUAACCAGUAUGAGGCGCCGGUGUUUACUAUAGAUGAUGGCGCUCAGCCUCCCAUUGUCCUGGUUGCCAAGGACAGGAACAUCAUUGCAGCAACGUUCACUAAUUAUCUGCUGAAAAAUAUAGGUGGAUCAGAGACGUUUCUGGACAAGCAGACAUUCUUUAAUCAUGAAGUUCGACAGCUGCACAAUAAGCGUCUUCAUGCUUGUCUCCCUAUAAAGAUAGACAGGUCAAGACUCUUACAUAGUUCAUACAAGGCAACAAAACAUUUUGAUCUCAGUGACUGGUGUAAGCGGUUUGAAAUAAACUUCAUUGGAGAAGAAGGCCUGGACUGGGGUGGGUUGCGGAGGGAAUGGUUUGAGCUUCUUUGUACAGAACUGUUUGACCCCAGUGGUGCUGGUCUCUUCACAAGGUUCACAGAUGACACUCAGGGACUUGUUCAUCCUAACCCUAAGAGGCAAACAGAUCGGAAACUCAAAUACUAUGAGUUUGCUGGGAAGGUGGUGGGCAAGUGCCUUUAUGAGUCAUCGCUAGGUCGACCUUACAGACAGCUGGUCAAGGCCAGGUUCUCACGCUCAUUUCUGGCUCAGCUCAUCGGCCUCAGGGUCAACUACAAGUACUUUGAAACAGACGACCCUGAGUUGUUCAAGACGAAGAUCCAGUACAUAGAGGAGCACGACAUCAACGACAUGGACCUGACCUUCUGUGAGGAGGAGUACUCAGCACAAGGCCAGCUGGUCAGGACAGUUGACCUGGUGCCAAGUGGCAGCCGUGUUAAGGUGACCAACAAGAACAAGCUUCGGUAUCUUGACCUGCUGGCCCAGUUCCGGCUGACCGGUGCGGUCAAGGAAGCGGUGGAUGCAUUCCUGAAAGGGCUCAAUGAGCUCAUCCCAGACAACUUGCUCAGCAUCUUUGAUGAAAAUGAACUUGAGUUGCUGAUGUGUGGUACAGGUAACUACAGUAUUGCCGACUUCAAGCUACGACAUACUGUGGUGGGAGUAAGUCCAGCAUUCACCAAGGUGCUGGAGUGGUUCUGGACAAUCGUCGCAAGUUUCACAGAGGAGCAGAUGGCAAGGCUAUUGCAGUUCACAACAGGCUGUUCCCAGCUACCCCCUGGAGGUUUUGGAGAACUCAACCCCAAUAUCCAGCUGAGCUCCUCCCCCACCUACAACACACUUCCAACAGCACACACAUGUUUCAACCAGCUAUGUUUGCCUGACUACGACAGUAUUGAAAACUUCCACCGAUCACUGCUCCUUGCCAUCAAUGAAGGCAAUCAAGGCUUUGGGAUGGUUUAGUUCAAGUUUGGGUAUGUGCAAGUCUGAGUGUGAACAUGAUCCAGUAGAUGUUACAGGGUACCAGGGAGGCUGUCUUACCUAAUCAGAGACUGUUUCCUUCCAUUUCUCCUGAUAAACGCUGGAUAGACGAUGGACAAAUGUAUUUCAGAAAAAGACGGAUGAAUGUUUUCCGACGACUACACUGUUUCCACUGCACAGCCUUUGUUAAAAGGACGUAGAUGUAAAGGAUAUUACAGUUAUCAUCAUGACCAUCAUCAUUGUUGUCAUCGCCAUCUUCAUCAAUAUCAUCAUCAUUAGACUUUAGAACAACUCCAGGUCUGCCCUAAGUGAUGAACAAGGAGGCAGAUGAUACGAAAUAUACUUCCAAGGGAUGUUUAAGUGAAUAUAGUAGACACUGACAUUCGAGAUCUAACAUUAAUGAUCUCUCUUUCUGAGCAAGAACAUGACUUCUGAAUAUGAAAGGAACCCCUGAAAUGGUAGUGUCUUCAAACCCAGAAUAUACUUUCUGAAUGGGGUAGGGUACUCUCUGGCAACUAUAGAGAUACCUAACCAGCAGCAGGACUUCCAAAUGGAUACUCUUGUUACCUUCUGUGAUCAUUAUGAAACUAACGUCAUCAAGAAAGAAGAUGUCAUUCAAAUCAGUGCUUUUCUAGUGUCCAAGGAAAGAUGUGGAAUAUGAACAGCAAAAUUUUCAGAUAUUCAUAUGAUUGUAUUAGGUAUAUAUUGCCUUCUUCUUGUGUGUCCUGGGGAAGUGUGGAUGCUGUGAGAAGGUGCUGUUGUUGAUACAGAUGCUCAGAUAAAUAUGACAUGUAUCUACUGCAUUCUGGCUCUGGUCACAGAGGACAUGAAGAGGAACCUCUAUAGCUUGCAGGAGGCAGAUAAGGUGUUCCAUCAGUUACAUUUCAGAAAGGAACGGAUGACCUCUGAAUUUUGAAAACGUCACUGUAUUUAUGAGGAUCAGGUGUACUCGAUGGAUGUGACAACAUGUAACAGAUCUACUCAUUGCCUGUACAGCAGAAAUGGGAACAGCAUCUCUUACCUUCCAGUAGGAUGGAUUUCAUUAUGAGUCAGUAUCAUAAGGAAUUAUGUUUCUAUCACCUUGACUUGAUGACAAAACACAACAGAUAUGCUCUUUGCUCUGUACAAAGACAUACAGGCAUACCAAGAUCUCAUUUGCCAGGGUAUAAGGGAUACACAUUUUGAACCAGACUUGUAUAACUGUUACUUUUACUGAAAGAAUGGGGAACACGCAUCAGGCCCCUCAUCCUCCUGUCACAGCAAAGACCUACUUCAUAGAAGAAAUGGGAAACCAAGUCCUUUAUGGUCUGUUUGCAGUGAAAACGCAACGAUGAAUUUUACUUUAAACAAAAAAGUAAAUCAAAUAAAGUGAAAUUCAGAUUGGGAAUCCUCAUAACUUUACCUUGCCAAUUGAAAAUUAAAAUCUCAGAUUUUUAUUCCACAUAGGAUAAAAGUUGGUUAACAAAUGACCAUAGUUUCAAAUCGCUAUUAUUGGUUUGUAUUACAAGGGGGUAUGCACAUUAAAUGAAACCCCCAGGACAAGAAGGGUUGGU